AUGUCAAGAUUGAGAGGACUCAAAAAAAUCGCUGAUUUGAGGAGUCCUCACGAAUGAUUCCCACUCGCUCGAAUUUCGCCACGAAAAAUUAACUACCACAUUGGUCCUACCAAUAGUGGUAAGACAUAUUCUGCAUUAGAGCAUCUUAAAAAGGCAAAAACAGGGAUUUAUUGUUCCCCUCUUCGCCUUUUGGCUUCAGAAAUUUUUGAAAAAUUAAAUUCUUCAGGAAUUAAGUGUUCACUUAUUACAGGGGAAGAGAAAACUAUAAUUCCAGGAGCUACACACAUGUCUUGUACAAUGGAGUCAAUCAAUUUAGAUGAAAGCUAUGACUGUGCAUUAAUUGAUGAAAUUCAAAUGAUAGGAGACCAAGAUAGGGGCUCUUCAUGAACAAAUGCACUACUUGGGCUCUGGAGUCCUGAAAUUCAUUUAACUGGUGACAAAAGGCCGCUUAGACUUAUAAAGAAUUUAGCUAAAAUCACUGGGGAUGAACUACAAACUUUUGAGUAUAAUAGGCUUAGCCAUCUAGAAGUGUGCGAGCCAGUGACUUCGAUUAAGGAUUUAAAAGAAGGAGACUGCAUUAUAGCAUUUUCUAGGAAAACUUGCCAUAAAUUGAAGAAAAUCAUUGAAAGGAAAGAUCCUGGAUCCUGCGCUAUUAUAUAUGGAAACUUACCUAUAGAAACAAGGAAAGAGCAGGCUAGGAAAUUCAAUGAAGAAAAAUCUGUGAAAUAUUUAAUAUCGACAGAUGCAGUUGGUAUGGGAUUGAAUUACAAUAUUUCAAGGGUAAUUUUUUUUGAUAUAAAGAAGAAUGAUGGAAGUGGAAUUAGAAAACUAAGGCCUUGACUCCCCCCCUUUAAAUUGGAACAAAAAAUUUUGUUCCAAUUUAAAGGAGGGUUAAGAAAAUUUUUUUUACAAAAAAAAUCAAUAUAAAAUUUUUAAAAAAAAAAAAAUAUAUAAAAAUUAAAAAAAAAAAUUUCAAAAAUUUAUCGAAUUAGAUUAAUAAAUUUGUUUAAUAAAUUGCUAUAGUGACUUAGGAUGAAGAGCACGGGGUUUUUUUGGCUUGCCGUCAAGCCAAAAAGCCCCCGUGCUCUUCAUCCUAAGAAACAAUAUUUACUCUUUAUCCUUUAAAACAAAGCAAGAUAUUACUAAAUUUUAUUAUUAGUUAAUACGCCACUAUUAAUUGGUAUCAAAACUAUUUCCACAAAAAUUAUUAUUUUUUAUUAAUAAAAAAAUAAAAAAAAAUAUUUUUCGAAAAUUUAUCGAUCAAAAUGCUAAUUUUUGUUUAAAUAAAUGUUAUUUUAUACUCUAUUCUUUUUAAAAUAAAGCAAGAAAUAAGUAAAUUUUCAUUGUUUGUAAAGAAUUCGCAUUAAAUUUAUAUCAAAAUUAUUUAAAUAAAAAUAUCAUUUUUAUUCAAAAAAAAUAAAAAAAUUUUAAAAAGUUUAGCAAUUAAGGAUAAUAAAUUUAUUUAAAUAAGUUUUUUUAUACUCUUUCUUUAAACAAGAGCAAGAUAUAACUAAAUUUUUAAUUUUAGUUAAGAAGAAACAUUUAGCUUAUAUCAAAACUUUUUAUAUAAAAAUUAUAAUUUUUAUAUAUAGUUAGUGACACUAACUAUAUAAAAAUUUUUUAAUAUAAAAUUAAAUUUUGUUCCAAUUUAAAGGGGGGUUUAUUUACCAAAAAAGUGGAAAUUUUACCUAUAUUUUGUUCCAAUUUAAAUGGGGGGAGUGAGAAGUAAAACAAAUAUCAGGAAGAGCUGGAAGAUUUGAAAAGAAUGGCCUUGUUACAGCUUGGUCUCUAGAAGAUGCAAAAUUUAUUAGUCAAUCUUUAAUAGAAACACAGCUAUCUAUUGAAAGAGAAACAGUUAAUAGAGCAGGACUUUUCCCUAUUUAUAGCCAAAUUUCUGAAUAUGCUGAACAACUCACACAAAACAGCAAGGAUAUUGUAUAUCAUAAGGUUUUGCAAAGCUUCGAAAAAUCUGCUUUUAUUGAAAAAUUUUAUUUUUUUCAAAGCAUCGAUGAAGUAUGUUAUAAUUCUGAACUAUUAUGGCAUUUGCAUUUGGAUUUUGAAGAUCAGUAUGUAUUCUCUCAUUCUCCUCUUAGAUUAACCUCAAAAUACCUUACAAGAUCACUAGGAGAAAUGGCAAAAAAUUUAAAAAGAAAAGGCGAAGUAAAGCUUAUAAUGGAAUUUGAUAAUACAUGAAGUCUAGAUCACUUAGAAAACUUGCAUGCUUUAUUUGAGCUUUACAUUUGGUUAUCGAAAAAUUACGAGCCUCAAGUUUUUCCUAACUAUAAUGAUGUGUGCUACCAGAAAAAAAUUAUAGCGGAACUGAUAGAAAAAAAGCUUGAUGAGCUCCCAUAUGAAGAUGCUGAUGAAAUCAGAAAAGCAAGAUAA